AUGUUUAACUCAUAUUCACUCGUCGAUGGCUUACCUUUUCGCUUCCUGGAGCAGGGCAAUCGAUCGUUGGAGCGCCUUUGUUACAUCAGGAUUUUGCCGCUCUGGAAAAGUAAAUGUUUUCAAUUCGGAACGCUGGGAAUAUGGAUGGUAAAACAGCCGCCGGAACGGAGGAGAUUCCCACAAGGCCUUCUCCGCGACUCAUGCGCGCUGCUGGUCCGGAAUUAUUUAAUGCAACGUAUCUGUAUUAUAACAGUCGAUCUGAAUAUUCAACUUGGAUUGUUGUUGGUCGCAAUUAAUUAG